AACUCGAAAAACAUUAUUGUUAUUGAUUAGUCUGUAAGUGGUUUCGUCUUACUUUAUUUUGUUUCAGAAAUACAUACAUAAAAUCUUUGAAAAUAUGACAGAGUACACAAAACCGCCUCUCGAUCCAAAUUUAGGUAAAUUUUUCGAAAAGAAUGAUUAUGAUUCCCUUGCCAAGUAUCUUGUGGGUAACAACAGCAGAUUUCGUGAAAAUAUAAUUAUUCCAAAAGUGUUAGGGCCAGUUAUUAUUAAAACUAACGAAGAGAAAAUGAUAGAAGCCACAGUGGAAAGUUGUCCAUUCAAAUCUAUAACCAGUUGCAUUAUUGGAUAUGGUUUAGGUGCAGCUGUGGGCUUAUUCACGUCAUCACUAAUGCCUAAUGUAACAGAUACAACUGCACAACAGACCCAAACAGCCAGAGAAAUAUUAAGAGAAAUGAAAGGAUCAAUGCUGAGUUAUGCAAAAAAUUUUGCUAUACUAGGAGCCGUAUUCUCAGGGGUAGAGUGCUGUAUAGAAACUGCUAGAGGGAAGUCAGAUUGGAAGAAUGGUACAUAUGCGGGUGGUAUAACUGGAGGACUAAUUGGAUUAAGAGGUGGACUUAAGGCUGGAUUAUUUGGGGCAGCAGGGUUUGCAGCUUUUUCUACUGCUAUUGAUUAUUAUAUGCAUCAACGUUAAUAACUUAUUAGAUUAUUAUAUGUAUAUAAAUUAGUCAAUAUCUUGAUUUUAAUUUUAUUAAUAAUCUUAAAAAAAAAUUAUAAACAAACUUUUUCAUGCUGUAAAAACAAUUAUUUGCAACUACGUAUAUGUUAGCCAUAGAAUGGUGUAAUAUGUAAAAAAAAUGUUUCAAAUAAUCGUAACUUAGUAGCCAACAGCAGUGUUUCCACUUCCUUGGAGUAAGUGUUCUGUAGUUUACUCAUUCAAACCUUUGAAUUGAAUGCACCAAACCCAAGAAUUUUAAAUAAAAACCACAUUACAUUUCAUUCAACAGAAUUAUGAAAUAAAUAAUGAAUUAUGUAGAUGAGACAUUAGAUAAAAAUGUGUAUAUAUGUGCGUCCCAGCAGUACACGAUGGUCCCAGCUUAGCGUCAAGUAUUCACGCGCAUGCAAUGCGAGCAAGUCGCUGAUUUUCAGCUGCAACCAAGAGUGAACGCAAAUCAGUUAAACCAUUCUAAAUAUUAUAUUUUAUAGAUAAAAAAUAAAUAACAUAAAUAGAAAAAUAUAAAAUUCAUAUAGUAAAUAUUUUUUGAAUAAUAAUAAGGAAGUAUUUAAAAAAAACGAUAGCACUAAAUAAGCACCUCCACUAGAUGGCGACUCUAGCAAAAGUUGUUUUUGCAGGAAACGAAUGGAUCAAAGAGAGUCAUUUCCGUUCCUAUUAACUAAUUUAUAAAAAAACUGACAUUUGAAUUCUUCGAAACUUACUUAGAUAAUAAAUAAAGCACAUUACACAAAUUGGGAGAAUCACUGAUGAAUCAUUAAUUUUUUAAUGAAUACAUUUAUAAAAUUGUGUAUAAAAUCUACAUUUAUAUUCCGGAUGUUGGAGGCUUGGUGACCUGUAAAACGGGUUUUACACUCAAGUGCAGUCUCCACGAUAAAUUCUGAAGUCCUUGAUACGCUCUGCACUUUUGUACAUUUUUUUGAUAUUGUGGAGGAAAAUAAAGAAAUAUUAUUAUUAUAAUACAAAUACGAAAAAGUACAAAUAGAAUAUGAGUUGUUUAUUGAGUUUUGAAAACUAAUUUACUUUUAAACAUGAAAGAAAACCGGAAAGGUUGUCAUGGCGUAAUCAAAAACGUACCGUGGCGACAUCUUGUUAGAUUUCGGGAACUAAUGUUUUUUUUUAAAUACUUCCUAAUUACUAUAUGUACUUAUUAUAAAAUUAAAGUCAAAUUUAUUAUUAUUUCAUUAAAAUCAAGUUAAAUUGUAUAAUUCGAUAUUAUCGAUGAUAAACCAAUGAUAUUAAUAUGUCUAGAUACG